AUGGGGACAACCCUCAAGGGACGUGGGGUGGCGUGCGUGGCCGUGCUGGUGGUGGAAGGGCUGGAGAGGGCGGCGUUCUUCGGCAUCACGGCCAACUUGGUGCUCUACCUCACCAGCAGCACCUUCGGCUGGGGGGGCACCCAGGCGUCCUGCGCCUGCUUGCUCUUCCUGGGGGCUUCCUACCUCCUCUCGCCCGUGGGUGGCUGGUUGGCUGAUGUCUACCUGGGCCGCUACGCUACGGUGGCCACCAGCUUCUUGGUCUACCUGGUGGCCGCGUCCCUGCUGCCCAUCACUGCCACUCUGGACGGGCGCCUCUCGGUGUGUGGGCAGUUGCCAACUGCCACCAUCCAAAACUGCUCUUGGCACCACGGUGGGACGUGUAGGGGGCAGCCCCCCCAGCAGUACUGUGCCCCCACCAUCUACACCGGCCUCCUGGUCUUGGCGUUGGGCGUCAGCUCCGUCAGAGCCAACCUCACCCCCUUCGGCGCUGACCAGGUGAGGGACCGGGGAGGUGACGCCACGCGGCGCUUCUUCAACUGGUUCUACUGGAGCAUCAACCUGGGGGCCGUCUUCUCCCUGCUGGUGGUGGCCUUUGUCCAGCAGAACAUCAGCUUUCUGGCCGGUUACCUCAUCCCCGUCGCCUGUCUGGUCUUGGCCCUCCUCAUCUUCCUCCUGGCCACCCCCACCUUUGUCACCAAGCCCCCCACGGGCAGCCAGGUCUCUGCCAUGAUCAAACUGGCCCUGCAGAGCUGUGGUUGCACCUCGCUGGGGGGCACUGGGACCAGGACGAGCCAGUGGGACCCUGGGGACCCUGUCCCCACCAGUGGGGUCCAGCCUGGAGCUCCUUCACCCGAGGAGGACCUUGCCAACUUCCAGGUGCUGGCCCGGAUCCUGCCGGUGAUGCUGACCUUCAUCCCUUACUGGAUGGUUUACUUCCAGAUGCAGUCAACGUUCUACCUGCAAGGUCUACACCUCCACAUCCCCAGUAUCUUCCAGCGUGGCCAGGACCACACCAGCACCCUCCAGAGCUACACGUUCCCGGAUGCUUGGCUGCUCCUGGCCAACGUGGUGGUCUUGCUGGUCUUAGUGCCCCUGAAGGACCACCUCAUCGACCCCUUCCUAGCCAGGAGGGGGCUGCUGCCCUCGGCGCUCAAGCAGAUGGCCAUGGGCAUGUUCUUCAGCCUCGCCUCCAUCCUCGCGGCAGGCCUCCUGGAGCGCCAGCGGCUGCAGUACGUGCUCCAGGACCAGACGGUGCUGCAGCUCAUCGGUGGGAACCGCUACCCGGCCGUCACCCUGCCCAUCUGGUGGCAGGUCCCUCAGUACCUCCUCAUGGGCAUCAGCGAGCUCUUUACCAGCAUCCCCGGCCUGGAGUUCGCCUACGCCGAGGCCCCCAAGUCCAUGAAAGGAGCCAUCAUGGGUGUCUUCUUCUUCAUCACGGGGGUGGGCUCGCUGCUGGGGUGGGGGCUACUCACCCUCCUCUCCCUGCCCACCCACGGGUGGAUGCGCUGCCCAGAGGACUAUGGGAGCAUCAAGAGUUGCCGCAUGGACCACUACUUCUUCCUGCUGGCCGGGGUCCAGUUGGUCACUUGUCUCCUUGUCACCUGGAUGUCCAGGCGCUACCAGAGUCGGCCACCAUGGCCAAGUGUCCCCCACCUCUGCCGGGGACCAGAGGAGGACUGAUGGGAUGUGGGGGGACAGGGAUGCUGGUCCAGAGUGGGGACAGCACCCCCAAAGAGCCAGAGUGGUCACCCCCAUCUGGGGGUGGUCACCCCAUUCUCUGGU